AUGUCGCUCUCCAUUGAAGAGAAGCUUCCCACCGAGCUUCUCGAACACAUUGUCUCACUAUCCCCACGCGAAUCUCUCCUUAGCCUAUGCCGUACUUCCAGAACACUUAAUCGGCUCGCGACGCCAUGGCUGUACUCGAAGAUUUACCUGAGAGAAACCGACAACCUUGCCGCUCUCGCAUUUCUAGUCUUCACUUCCCCCGCCCAUGCCAGUCUGGUCAAAUGCCUCAUUGUGACUAGUAGCUGGGCGGAUGUUGGAGAGGAGUAUUGCAACAGCUCGUGGCCAAGAUCUGACGACCCUGGAACCCACGACAUCUUGAGGAAGAAGUGCGCGGAGUGCACUUCCAGCGUCGAAGAGGCAUUUGUUGUCUAUGAGAUGAUUCAGUCGGGUAAGAAUGAGGAUGCUAUUAUGGCGCUAUUACUCGUCAGCCUACCGAAGCUUCGACGAUUGAACAUCAAUUGUGGCAUAUAUGGCCAUGAUGAUUUCGUCUCGUUGUUACCCAAGGUCAUCCGUGGGAAGCCGCACGCAAUGUCAGAACCUAUCGAUAUCCUGGUCGCUGGAGCAGACGACAAAUAUUCUAGCGCUACCAGUCACGUCGCAGCCUUCUUUUGUCUACCAAACGUGCGCUCUAUAUACGGAUGGAAGCACGGCGACGGCGAAGUCCACGACCAGAAUGACUUGUUCUCGAAGCUGGAGCCACGAUCAUGCCCAAUAGAGUAUCUGGAAUUGCGAUGCGCAAAGCUUGACAUGGAAAAUUUCCAAGGCAUGUUGAACGCGACAAUACCCGGAAGACUCAAGACCUUCAACUACGAGCUUGGAGGCCCGUGGGCAUGGUGCGACACGGAGCAUCCGGCGAUGAUGCGAAGCCUGGAGCCACAUCACGAGACGCUGGAAACGCUGGGGUUAAGCCACGAAGACUUCUACCCGUACGUUGAUAACGGUAGUGCCGAGCGCUCGAAGGCUUAUCCGUGUUCUUUCACGUCUUUCACCGCCCUCAAGCGUCUCAAAGUCGCACCUGUGUACAUAUGGGGCCAUCAAGGGUUCACGGACCAGACGACCUUCCGGACUGGCGCAUCGAGAGACAGGCUUUGGUCCAUACUUCCCAAAACCCUCCAGGAACUCUGGAUUACGCGAGCUCAGGCGCAAGAAUCGCGUGAAAACAUCGGAGCUACCGCGUUUGUACCGCAAUGCUUACUCCCAGCACUCGAUCUGGUGGUGCAGAACAAGCGGACAUCUUUCCCCCAGCUCGCGCACCUGCGUGUCGAACUUCCGCUCCUAGACUGGAAGGACGAUUGGCUGGAUAGCCUGGCAUCGAUCAGCCGAGCCGCUGCCGCUGAGGGGAUCCAGACAUCCAUCAUCUUAUACAACAUGUUCAGCAGAUACGGGCCUAUAAGCGCGGAGCAAAACUGGGGCUGGAACGAAGACAUCAAGUGGGAACCAUCGCGCUACAGCGACAACUUAGAAUGCCCAAAGAUAUGGAUUGAGGUGACGCCGCAGCGACAGGAACAUCUUGCCUCCAUACUCAAAGACAUGAAGACCCGGUUCCAAGAAGAGAAUGAGCGGUAUACAGAAGCGAGAGAUAGGAUUAACAAGCUGGGCGCGCUGUGUACGGAUUGUCAACUCAGUGGAGACUACGAUUCUAGCAAAGAUAUCGGCCUACCUGAACGCUUCGUGGACGAGCGGCUGGGACAAGAACCGUAUUGGAAAGGUCGCGGUGCCAAACCUGAGGUGGUGACAUGA